AUGAAUGAGUCUCACACUUCACAACAGAACGACAACUUUGUGUCAUUCCCCCAGGUUUUGACUUCAUCUGGCUCAUACGAAAGUGAGCUGGAGCCGCUUUUAUCACCAACAUUAGAUGCCGGAAGUUUGGUAAAUUACAGAUCAAUAAGUACUGGAAUUGAUGAUGGAUCUAUUUUCGGCAUAUGGAAAUUUAAAAGUCUGUAUGCCUGUACUUUGUUGUUGUUCUUUAUCAUAGGAAUUAUAUCGUUGUUUGUCUAUGAUCUCAAGUAUUGUAUCCAGAAUGUGGCUUUUGUCACAAAUAUUGACAUGAAGGCUGUAUCAGUGAAUCUCAAUUCAUCAAUUCCUCUACUUAAUGUAUCGACUGCAUUUACGUUUGAUUACAGUAAAGCUAAUGCUACCUCUGUGAAAUUUGGAUUUCUUGGGUUGGGUUGGUUGAUCGGAAGCAUACACUUUGAUAUCGGAAAUAUUACCGAAUUAUAUAUUUCCGAUGAUUCCUCUUCAUCAAUGCAUCUUGCAAAUGUUGUUAUACCUAAAGGUCAGAGGGAAUUUGAAAUCAAUAUUCAAGAAGGAAAAAAAAAUGAAAUUUGCUUUACGAAUGUUCAAGUGAAACUUGAUUAUGACACCCUUCCAAACUACAUUAACGAUGUCUUUGAGAAGCGUACAUUCCCGGCACAUACAUUUCUUCAUGUCUCCACUCGCAUUGACAGCACAUUUUAUCAUAAGCAUGCGAUUAAAUUUGGAUAUCCAAUAUCCGCUUUUAAUCUUACAAAAAUUAUUACACAAUUUGAGAAUAGCAUAAACGUAUCGGAUAUAUCUCUAGGGACAGAUGAUUCAGGGUCUCCGUUAUUUGGGACAGCUAUUCUAAAUCUUCCAAAAAGCAAAGAACUCUCAUUUUUAUCUUUUAAGGGUAUUCCGAAGUUACCAUGGAAGGCCGGUUUAAAAUUCAACAGCAAUUUUUCUGGUACAUCAAGCUUGAUUUCUGCAGAAACGUACCCUAUCGAAUAUUUGAGUCUCAAUGAAUCUCAUAAAGUUAAUGUGUCAUACAAAAUUUCCUUAAAGAACAAACUUUUAAAAAGGUACCAAGGUCAGUUUAAUGAUUUGACACCAAUUAACUAUUAUGUCAAUAAACUUCUAGAAGAUAAAUUUGUCCCCCUAUACAUAUCUGGAGCACUUUCGGAGAAUCUUCAAAUUAUAGAUUGGUUAAGUAAGUUUUUAACAGCAUUGAAUCUGAAAUUCUUUGUAACUUCAGGGCAAUUUUUCUUUUCUAAGAUAAAGGAAAAUCCUGUGAAAGAUGUUUCUAUUACAAAAAUUCUGUUUGGACCGGAUAAUGGCGAUUUGAUUUUGAGUUUAGACCCGAUCAUAUCACUUGAUGAUAAUUUUGCACGCUUUAAUUUCAAUAUACCGAGGAUUAGGGGUAGUUUUGACGUUGAUAGUGACUGUAAUUUGUUGUGCCAGUUUCGCUUGCCCUCAUGGUGCAAUAGUUCAUAUAGUCUGGUUGAUUCUACAUUUAUGACAUCAUUGGAUGAAUUAUCUUUGCAUAUUAACGAAGCCGAAAAUCUUGGGGAAACGUUAGAACGAUUUUUUAAUGGUGAAAACUUGCAGUUUGAAGUUAGGAAUAAUAUCGAUUUUGAAUUGAGUAUGCCUACUUUUAGUACAGUGUUCCGAGAGGUGCCAAUAAUAAACGCCGUACGUAUUCCGGGCAAUUUUGCGAAUGUUACAGAUAUGUUUAAUAUAUUUGAAGUUAGUCUAAAUCAAGUCACAUUUGUGGAUUCUUCACAUGAGACAUUAUCGCUCAAUCUGGACCUCAAUCUAAAAACCGAAGAUAAUUUUACUAUUGAGAAUAACUUUGAAUGGCUUGAAUUUCGAAUUUUAUAUUUGAAGUCGGUUAUAUCUAAAAUAGGAGUGAGGAAAUUUUCUUUAAACGAUGGGUCGGAUGAGACAACAAAUCUAAGGUUGAGCAUGAGUUUGAAAAGUGAUUCUGAAGUAGGUAAAAUGAGAAUAGAAGAGUUUGUUGGAAAAUAUAUUUCUGGGAUUUCCCCGCAGGUUGAGAUCCAAGGGAUUCCUGAUAAAGCUUCCCCCGAAUCUGAAUCAUUAUCAAAACUUCUUGAAAGUUUGAAGUUGACUCUGUCUGUUCCCCAAAUUUCAAGGGGCAAAGCUAGUCCAAAAAGUCCAAUUUUGUCUGAAGUUGACCGUCAAUCACUUUUUAUUGUGGACUCGACGAUUCAUAUUGUUUCAUCAGAAAUUGAACUGACUGUAUACAAUCCGGUCCAAAAUCAUGCAAUAGCAAUUGUCAUCCUUAAUGCCAAGGCAUCCCAUGAUGGAACGACUCUAGGAUUUGUUAGUCAGGAAGAAGGUUUUAUAGUACCUCCAGGACUAUACAAAACGCCAAGAAUAUCUGUUACAAUCGUCAGAUCUGGGUUAGGUGCCGAUAUUUUAAGAGAUGCGUUAAAUGGAGAACUUGAUAUUGAUACGCAAGCGAUAUUAGAUGUGAAACUAGGUGAUUUUGAAAUGACUUUACUUUAUCGGGGAUCUGGGGUCAAGACAAAAAUUAGACUAUAA